UGAUUUCAGCAUUUAUUUGUUCCAACCAACUAAUCCUAAACAAACAUAAUAUAAAUCCCUCUCUUUGAUCUUUAAGCAAUAAUAAAGAACAGUUUCAAAAACAAUAUGUGGACUGAAAAUCUAAGCGUCCUUGGGGAAAUGAGCAAAAUCAUGCAAAGAAGAGUUAUGGCGGUUUGACACACUCUCCCAUGAACAAAUUUCCUCAAUAAAUUCUCUCCCAACUGCCCUCUGCAUCUUCAUUCACUCUCCCUUCUUCCUUCUCUCUUGCCAAAACCAAAAGCCUUCACUCUUUUGCACCAGAAAAGAAAGAUGCAGCUCCCUGCCGGCGGCUUCUUGGUUACCUUCAGCCUUCUAGCUCUGGUUUUUCCGGUGGCUAUCAGUGACCCUCUUGUCCCUGCACUCUGCAUCUUCGGGGACUCGGUGGUGGACGUCGGAAAUAACAACAAUCUUCUAACAGUUGUUAAGGCCAACUUUCCUCCUUAUGGAAGAGACUUUGUUACUCAUGCACCAACAGGAAGGUUUUGCAAUGGAAAGCUUGCCACUGAUUUUACAGCGGAAUUCCUUGGAUUUUCUUCAUACCCUCCUGCUUAUCUGAGCCAAGAUGCCACUGGAAACAAGCUUUUAACAGGAGCCAACUUUGCUUCUGCUGCUUCUGGCUUUUAUGAUGGCACUGCUCAGCUCUAUCAUUCAAUUGCUCUAACCCAGCAGUUGAAUUAUUACAAGGAAUACCAAAGCAAAGUUGUAAACAUGGUGGGAACAGGGAAAGGCAAUGCCAUAUUCUCUGGUGGUAUUCAUCUUCUUAGUGCAGGCAGCAGCGACUAUAUUCAGAAUUACUAUGUUAAUCCUCUUCUCUACAGAACAUACUCACCUCAGCAAUUCUCAGACAUUCUCAUUACUUCUUACUCAAACUUCAUUCAGAACUUAUAUGGACUGGGAGCAAGAAGGAUAGGGGUGACAGGAUUACCUCCAAUGGGUUGCUUGCCAGCAGCCAUCACUCUAUUUGGUUCUGGUAGCAACCAAUGCAUCCAAAGGUUAAACCAAGAUGCCCUGGCAUUCAACACUAAGCUGCAAAGCACAUCUCAGAGUUUGCAGAACAGAUUCUCUGAUCUCAAGCUUGUUGUCUUUGAUAUUUAUCAACCUCUCUUGAAUAUGGUGUCAAAACCUGCAGAUAAUGGGUUUUUUGAGGCAAGAAGGGCUUGCUGUGGAACAGGUACAGUAGAGACCUCCCUCCUCUGCAACAAUGGAUCAAUUGGAACAUGUUCAAACGCCACCGGCUAUGUUUUCUGGGACGGUUUUCAUCCGACCGAAGCCGCUAAUAAAGUCUUGGCUUCAGACUUAAUUUCUCAGGGUUUCUCCCUCAUCUGAAAGUGUUGCUACAAUCAGAACUCUGCAAUUUCUAUAUUAAACAUCUAACAAACAGUUGCUUAAGUUUAUGAACUAUGAAUGAGGAUUUUGGAGAUAC